CCGUACAGCAGUCAGCAACCUAGCUUAUUGCUAAAAAGUAAAAAUUAUAAUUCCAUAAUUCCAGUUUCAAUAACGAUGAGUGUAUAACUCGUAUAAGCAUCACGAUUGAAUAUCAAUUAUGAAAUAAUGGAGUAAUGGAUAUCACAAAUCUCUUCACCGUAGAGCUAUAUACUAUUAUACUAUAGCUUAUAGCAACUAACAACAAGCAUAGUUUUUAAUAAAAAUAAUCGGAAGACUGAAAACAUUUUAAGAUGUCUCUGGCAGAAGAGUUACUUGCAGAUUUGGAGGAGGAUGGUUUUGAUGAUGGUGAGCUAAUGGUCAUACAAGAGGAGACUCCUAAUGAACUGCAAGAAAACGCUUUGAUUCCUAAUCAAACUGAUUUUAAAAAUGCCAAAAUCCGCGAUCUUGCUAAAUUACGAGAUUCCGAGCGCUUAGUUAAUAUAAUGCAGCAGAUAGAUAUAUUCCAGAGCAGACAAAGGAGAACUGCAGACGAAUUAGGACCUGUAGAGUCUGAUCCUGAAUAUCUCUUAAUCGUGGAUGCAAACAAUUUGAUUGUAGAAAUGGAUGAUGAAAUUCUAAUCAUACACAAAUUUGUUCGCGAUAAAUAUUCAAAACGAUUUCCAGAAUUAGAGUCCUUAGUGGUUGGGCCAUUAGAAUAUGUACAGACAGUUAAAGAACUAGGCAAUACACUUGAACAAUCAAAAAACAAUGAAGUACUUCCAACAUUUCUUACUCAAGCUACCAUUAUGGUUGUUUCUGUUACCGCUUCAACUACUCAAGGACAACUUUUAAAUGAAAAUGAGCUUUUUGAAGUUCGUGAAGCUUGUGAUAUGGCUAUUGACCUUAAUAAACUAAAAUUGAAAGUUUAUGAAUAUGUCGAGAGUAGAAUGACGUACAUAGCACCUAAUCUUUCUGUUAUUGUUGGUGCAUCAACAGCUGCAAAAAUUAUGGGGGUAGCUGGAGGGUUGACAAAUUUAUCAAAAAUGCCAGCCUGUAAUGUUUUAUUAUUAGGGUCUCAAAAAAAACUUUUAUCUGGUUUUUCACAAGUUAACGCAAUGCCGCAUACUGGUUUUAUUUUUCAUUGUUCUUUAGUACAAAACAAUCCACCAGAUUUACGAAGAAAAGCAGCUAGGCUUGUUGCGACUAAAAGUACACUAGCAGCACGAGUUGAUGCUGCUCAUGAGAGUCUUGAUGGACAUAUAGGAAUGACAUUAAAAGAAGAUAUUGAAAAAAAAUUGGACAAAUUAACGGAACCACCUCCAGUUAAGUUUAUUAAACCUCUACCCAAGCCGAUAGACCCAGGUCGAAAGAAGCGAGGUGGUAAAAGAGUACGCAAAAUGAAGGAACGUUAUGCUGUUACAGAGCUACGUAAACAAGCAAACCGAAUGAAUUUUGCAGAUAUUGAAGAUGAUGCAUAUCAAGAAGAUUUAGGAUAUACUCGAGGAACCAUUGGAAAAUCAGGAACUGGAAGAAUUCGACAUGCCCAAGUUGAUGAAAAAACAAAAGUGCGAAUUUCAAAGACACUUCAAAAAAAUUUACAAAAACAGCAAGCGUGGGGUGGUGCUACUUCAGUUAAAAAACAAGUAUCUGGUACUGCAUCUAGUGUGGCCUUCACUCCUCUUCAAGGAUUAGAAAUAGUGAAUCCACAAGCAGCUGAAACUAAAAAUUCUGGCAUAAAUUCAGCUAGAUAUUUUUCCAAUACUGCAAGUUUUGUAAACGUACAUAAUAAACAAUAAUUUAACCUAAAGGUGUCAUUUUAUUUAUGUAAUAAAUUACUAUUAUAAUUUUUUUUUUUUUAAUCAAUUGUUUCAUGAUUGUGAAAAUAUCAAAUUAUUAUGAAUUUAAUAAAUAUUGUUCUAUAUACAAA